UGCCAAUAGUUAAACUACUAGUAAGUGGCAGAGCCAAAACUUGCAUUUUCUUUACUAGAUUGUACUGGAGAGAUACAAAGACUUUUUCCACCCCAGUAUAUGUGUUGCUUCGUUGUACACACACACUUGCACAGACACGCACUUCUGGACCCACCAAACUAGUGCUUGCUGUUCCUAGAACAGAACCUACCGUUUCAUGGUUCUGGGUCCAAACCUUCUGCAGUAGAGUUGUCGGAUGUGUCCGACUUUUUAAAAUUUUAAAAAGGAUGUUCAGUUACAUUUGAAUUUUAGACAAACAACACAUAAUUAUGUCCAUGCAAUGUGGGGACAUACUUAUAUUAAAAGUUUAUUGUUGUCUUCCUGAAAAAUAUCCGGUGAUGUCUCUGGAUAGUUUUUCUCUUCUGUUCUUUUAUAGCCUUCCUACAUCUGCCUGUUGUAGUAUUUGUUAUUCAAGUGGCUGUAGGUGCUUGAUUUUUUUCCCAUACAGACCCCUGACUUCCUAUGAGGGAAUCAUUUUAUAUCGAUAUCUGAAUCCUCAACCAUAGGGACGUUAAGUGAUCGAAAUGGUUACUGAAUAAACUUUUACUGAAAGCCAUGAGGUAGGUGUAAGAGGAAGCAUGAAGGAGGGCAAGCAUUUAUGAAUUGACAUUUUUAUGCUAAAUAUAGUGCCAGUAGUUUUGCAGUAUUUCAUGUUCAUUAAAUUCUCUUUAAUAAAUGGAUGGGUAUAGUCCUUGAACCGCAGGGAGAUCAUAUUGUCCUGAAACGUAAAACAUUUGGCAUAAAUAACUGAUGCCAUUUUAGUCUCUGCGACUCCUUUUGGAGAAAACUGGACCUGGUCCUAUUUAGCAUAGGUGUCUCCAUAGAAACAGGAGAGCCUGUAAGAGUCCAGAAAGCCCGGAAGUGCAAUUUGCACUUCCGUUUUACCCCAGAGACCCGGAAGUUGGCAUAGCGUGGUUGCAUAUGUCCGCUCCGUACAGGAUGCCGCUUGUUGUGUUUUGCGGGCUGCCGUACAGCGGCAAGAGCAGGCGCGCGGAGCAGCUGCGCCAGGCGCUGGCUUCCGAGGGCCGCGCGGUGUACGUGGUGGAUGACGCCUCGGUGUUGGGCGCGGAGGACGCGACAGUGUACUGCGACUCCGCCCGCGAGAAGGCGUUGCGUGGGGCCCUGCGAGCCUCGGUGGAGCGGCGCUUGAGUCGCCACGACGUAGUCAUCCUAGACUCGCUUAAUUACAUCAAGGGCUUCCGCUACGAGCUCUACUGCCUAGCGCGGGCGGCGCGCACGCCGCUGUGUCUGCUGUACUGCGUACGGCCUGGGGGUCGGAGCCCGGGACCUCCGGGGGACGGAGCGGAGCAGCACCGGGGCCGGAACGUGAGUGUAAGCUGGACGCCACGACCGGAAAAGGGCGCAAAACCGCCGACGGCGGGCUCCGAGGAACCGCAUGUUGUGGGCUGUGAAGUAAACGGGGAAGCCCGGGGCGACGUACCUGGGGAAGUGGAGCCAAAGGAGACCAGCACCUCAGAUUCUCCAGCCCUAGUGACUCCGGAAUCCGAGGAAUCUGCAAAGCACGUGUCCGGCGCCUUUUACCCUCCCGAACUUCUGGAGGCUCUAACCCAGCGCUUUGAGGCUCCUGACUCUCGGAACCGCUGGGAUCAGCCUUUAUUUACUGUAGUAGGCUUAGAAGAGCCUUUGCCCCUGGCCGAGAUCCGGGCCGCCUUGUUUGAGAACCGGGCUCCUCCACCGCAUCAAUCUACGCAGUCCCAGCCACUUGCCUCCGGCAGCUUUCUGCACCAGCUGGACCAGGUCACAAACCAAGUCUUGGUUGGACUGUUGGAGGCGCAGAAGAGCGCUGUCCCCGGAGACUUGCUCGCACUUCCUGGUACUACGGAGCACCUGCGCUUUACCCGGCCUUUGACCAUGGCAGAACUGAGUCGCCUCCGUCGCCAGUUUAUUUCCUACACUAAAAUGCAUCCCAACAACGAGAACCUGCCUCAGCUGGCCAACAUGUUUCUUCAGUAUCUGAGUCAGAGCUUGCACUAAUCAGAGUCAUGGUUCUUGUCUGACAUCCAUUGCACGGUAUUUCUGUAGGAGUGAUAGUUUGACGGUUUGCAGAGAGAGGUGAUGUAGUGCUAGAGCUGCUGAGUUGGACUGAUUAACCCAAACUUUCCUGGCAGCUUCUGUGCCAGGCUAGAGAAUGAACAGGAUGUUGGCAGAUUUCUUCAGCAGAAAGAGCUCAGGAGGACAGAGAACGUAUAGAUUGGAUUCUAGUUGGAAUGUCACACAGUUGAUUUUUCUCUGAGUUGUGAGUGAGAAUUAUUUUUAAAACAAUUAGGAACAGAAACCGAACAUGACACAAUUCUGUAUGUGCACUUCUUUUGUACAAUAAGUAUUUUUGAGUAUUGUACCUACUUUUUUGCUGGCUUUUAUCUUGGAGCAAGGUUCACAGGUAAAUCCUUCGUUUUCUGUUCCUGGGAAGCCUUGACUUUUGUGGAAGUGAAGACAACCACUAGAUUAUUUUCUCUAAUAAAAUAUUUUAAAAGUAGA